AGACCUGUCGCCUGUCAGUAAGCGCUCGACCAUCACGCUUCUACGUUCGCGUGAGCUUUUCCCUUCGUUAUCGCGCACUGCUCGUGAUAUUCUCGUAUUCUGUUCACGUGUGCGCGUGUAUAUCUCCUUGUUUCGGACAGUUUUCUUCGGAGUGGCGAUGAAGUGAUCGAGUUCCAACGUGCUGCAUUUUGUACCAAAGAAGCAUGGAUCGACGUGGUGCCUUCUCCAUUUCGAUCGUUUGCUUGCUGAUUGCCCUCGUUUUCGCCUCUGAGUCGGAGACCAAGCAGAGCGGAGAUACCGGGAACAAUCCACAGAAGAAGACGUCGUUGCAAACCGCAGAAGCUGCAAGCAGCCCUGAAAGAAGAAAUGCGAGCGUGUCGAGCGUCACCCUGGAGGAUGCGAUUGGCCCUGACUCGCGAGGCGAGCGUGAGCGGGUGGAACGCACCGAGACCGAGCAGGUGGAGGAGGAUUAUGAGGGCGAGGACGAGUACGAGGACGAACUCAAGGCUGUAGCCGAGUCGCACGAGGCGAUGUCGAGGGACGACACUAGGAAUUCGAACGUGUCCACGGCAGCGUCCACUGGGUUGGUCGACGGGACGUCCUCCGGUUCCAAGAACUUUGACUCGCGGGAGGUGAUCACCGUCAACAGUUCCGACGAGGAUGUCGCAUCGAACGAGGCAAUCACCGAUGAAAUUAUCGACAAGUAUGACCAAGAGGUGGCCGAACUGCUAAAGUACAAGAAGGAACGGAACUCUAACCACAGCGAGGGUAACCGCAUGAAAACAAAGCGUGUUCCGACCGUAAAAAAGGAACUCAGCACGCAGAAAGAAAUCCUGAUCGGAAGUAACGAGACGCAGGUGCCGAAGAGUCUAGUGCCACCAGAUGAUCCAGUGAAUCGUUUGAGCGAGGAAACAGACACGAUUCAACGAAGAAACGUCGGAUCUAACGAGCCGGUGGAGUGGGAGGAUCUAGGAUAUUCGGAGAGAUCGAAUGGAAAAAGUGAAAUCGUGGAACACAAUCGAUACUCGGGAUCCAAAGCGAAUAGCCCAAAGAAGUUAGACAAGAGGCAAGAAACAGUUUUGAAGGACCUAAAAUCCUAUUUGUUGACGGAAUACGCGAACGAAGAGGAGCAACGCCAGAAACUUCGGGAACUGGGGGCUCGAGAAGACGCGCUGGUGGAGAACUUGUUGGAACUUUUGGUGAAGAUAGCUGAGAAUCCAAGCCGAUGGGAGCGGGUGCAGAAACUGCUUGCAAACACCGAGAACGAGCUGAAACUGUCUAGAAACGAGUUGGAUCCAGCAGCGAAACGCAGCUACGAGUCCACUUCGACUCUAUUUCCAACCACUUCGGAAUCCUCAAACGACUCGAGGAAGUCGCGGAAGAAGUUGAAGAAGAAGAAGAAACCGAAGCAUCGUUUCUCCACGACCACCUUAACAUCUAUACCAGCAACGCCUCCGUUGUUGACCACCACUGAGACGCCCUGGCAGACGACGCCGGUUCACUGGCGUCUGGUAGCAGAAAGACUCUUUGGUCCACCCUGGCAACAAGAUCUGCAGGGUGAAACCGAAAAAACCACAAGUCCGCGUUACUCUAUUCCACAGAGUUCCAGAAGCUUGCCUUCCAUCAGAGAGUUGAUCGAACAGAACAAGUCGAAAAGCAACACCAAGUCUUUCCCUUUCGAUAGAAAUCCAAUUCUAGCGAACGAAGUUGGUGAACUUGGCAAUCAAAGGCAGAUGCGGUUUAGCAAGAUUGGAACUCGUCAGCCUAGUCACGUUCAGCCGCAUAGGGAGUUCACAAACGUGUACGACAGGCCUACAGACCCGGGACGUGUUCCAGACUACGACAUACCGGAAACGUACCACCGACUACGAUACAAUCAGCUGUCACCGGCGUCGCGAGAGUUUCUAGGAAGACGCGAGGAGGGCUACCAAGGCGACUUCAAUGUGCAGUCUGAUGGAUUUUCUACCGAUCAGGAGUACGAGCCGAGAUCUCGAGAUUUCGCGUUGAGCAAAAGUUGGCCGGAUCUGUCGUACGGGUAUAAUCCACCCUGGAGACCCGAAGAGCGUCCUCUAUUGCCUAUUUCGUCUGAGAAAUGGUCUUGGAGGCAACCUUCGAACAACGCCAAGUAUUGGUCGCAACGUGACAGCUUUUUACCGGUUGAACAGAAUUAUUGGUCCAUCUUAGACAACGAAGAAGGCGUUGAACAAGAAGCUGAAGCCGAGAAAAUGUGGCAACAGCAACGAGCUCAACAUUCAUGGAACAGAGACAGAUCUAACUGGCCAGUGGAAAAACCUAUGAAAGUUGCGCCUUCGUGGCAACAAGGAGAAAGACCCAUGAAACUAUACGAUCGGGAUCAGGCAAACAGCGUGUGGGAGAAAGGUAAAAAUCGCUCUGAACCUAAUAAAUCGUCCAUGAAACAGGAGAGCAAAGAGAAAGUCGUGUUACCUCAAAUAACUAUGAAAACUUGGAACAGCUUAACCUCUGAUCCAGCUACAUGGCCUCAUAAGCUUCCUGGUGCUAAGCCGUGGCCGAAAGACGAGAAUGGGAAGUCGUACAACCCGAACGCCGAUUUGGUAAAGAAACUGGGCUUAGACAAGCAGAAUAGCGGUGCUUGGUCUAAGGAAGAAGCCGAAAAGUCAAACGGAGAAAGGAAACAGAAGGACGAGAAACAGAGCAGGUUGUUCUCGUCGAAGGAAGAGAAGCUGCCUCAGACAGAAGCUUCCAGGUACAAAACGAACGACGAUAGGAGCAAUUUCAGCGACUAUAAAAUGAGAUCCGGCGAGUCGAUGAAAUCAUGGACGAUGCUGUCGGAUUCGAAAAAUUCUAAGGAUUGGAUGAAGACCGAGAAUAUGCAAGGAGAUGAUUCUGGCGCUUGGAGAAGGAAAUACGAAGGGAAGAAUUCGUGGACGGAUGAAGCUGCUUUGCCCAAGAUCCAAUCGGUGGGUGCCUGGGUAAUGGCGGCCGACCAAUCUACUUGGAAGCCGUACCAGAUCAAAGCGAUGGAACCUUCCGAUGAGAAUACUUCUCGAAGGUGGAGCAAACCUCUCGGGAGAACGAAUACCGAGGCCAAGUGGACGAGCAAGGGAUCUUGGCCUGAAAAAGCCAACGACUCGUGGAUGGACAAAUCAAGUAUAACUCUCUGGCCCGACAAGACGAACGUGCCUGAAAUUUGGUCCGAGAAAUCGAACAAACCAGGCUCGUGGUUCGCGAAAACGAAAGACAACGCUUGGGCGUCCAAGGGCAGCAACUCUGACUCCUGGAAGGUGAAAGGAGGAGAGUGGUUAGCCAAGCCAGAAUCUACCUCUUGGAUAUCUAAAAUGGGGGACAAGAAUUCGUGGGCGACGAGAAGUGGCUCGUGGUCGACGAAAUCCAACGAAUCUUGGACGUCCAAGACGAACGACAGCGGGUCCAAGUUCAACGAAGAUUCGUGGCCUGUGAAAGUCAAAGAGGAAGAUUCUGGGGAUGCUUGGCCAAAAAAAUCCAACGAGCAGAAUGGUUGGAACGGGAAGGGCAACGAGCUCUCUCCGUGGCAGCAGAAAAUCAACGAUGAGUGGAAUUAUGGCAAAACGAGUUCGACAGGCACGUGGCCCACGAAAUGGAAGCAAUUCGCCUAUCACAGGGUAACAGCCAUGCCGAUCUCCAAACCAGGUACCACGGCCGACGCAACCUCAUCGAAGUCAAAAAACGCGUUCGUCGCGGUGUCCGCGGUUUCUUCACCCAAGUACACCGGAAACGAAUGGAGAAAGAACGAAGAAGACCCAAGGAACGAAAACGGUCACGCGGACGAAGCGGAACGAACGGCUAAUCAACUCCAAGUGGGCCUGGAGCGACCUAUUUAUGCGUGGAAGAAGGAUCCUGGGCUACGAGGCGGUUCGACGAAAAGCAAUAGUAGCGACCCGCUGGAGAACCAGCUGGAAGCACUCAGGCAAAUUGACUUCUGGCCCUACAAAGAGAACGAGGCCGAGAAGAGACUAGCGUCAACGAGUGCGACCACGGAGACAACGUCCCAGACCCCAACCAACACCUCCACGACGACCACGAUGCACCGCCGAGGUGGCGUGAUCACGGUGAACGGCCUGAUGGAAACAAAUCGACGGACCAUCUCGAUGAAAUAGAUCGAAGCUUUACCAUAGAUCCUUGAUCUCGUCCAAUGGGUACCAGUCUGUUCAGUCGACAAUAGGCUACGCGAAGUCUCCGAGCAAUUUCCAACGACUCUCUGGCCCCUUGCCAAGAUGCACCAAAGUCUGCAAAGCCGUCUACUACGAGCAGCGCUAUUCUUUGAUUUACAGUUUAAUCGAUAACAUAUCAUCGAUCGAUUAGAUAGCUAUUUUUCAUCUCUUACGAUUCUGUCAUUUGUGCCAGCGAUUUUGUUACUUUUACGUUCAUUCUGUUUGUUACUUUUUUCUAUAUCCUUUCUCCUUCCUUUCUUCUUUUGUGCUGUGUUCGUUUACUAGUUUUUGAAGAGAACUUGUAUCAUAUGAUGUAGACUCUCGUUGAAUCUUGAUGACUCUUGUGUGCCAUAUUUAUCGAGUGUACGCGGGCGUGUAAAAAAAGAUCAAUAGCUCGAGAAAAGUUACUUUAGAAGAGGAACAGAAGAUCCUCUUUAAAACAGCCUUUUUUCUUGUACACUGUACAAGCACUUAUUCUUUUUUUGCAAAAAAAACUCCAACUUCUAAACCCUUUUCCCAGUUUUCUCGGUGGCCAUCAACCGACGAAAUCGAUCUACGGCGAUUCUCGAAUUUCCAAACUUCGUGUUCGCUGGCUCUUAUUGAAAGCCCUCUUCUUUUCUUAUUCCUCUUCUUUUGUUUUUUUUUUUUUUUCUCCCCUUUAUUUAGCUUGGAUUUCCGGAAGCAAUUUUCUCAAUAGCGGUAUUCACCCCGAAACUCUCAUCUUCUUGAAUUUUAUUUUUAUUUCAACUCCUUGAAACCGGUGAAGAGAAUGAAUCCUAAAACUCAAGAUGAAAGUCUUGAAAGAGAAAGAUUUUCUAUGGAAGUUUCCUUCCACAAAAAUCGGACGCAAAGUUCGAAGUAUGUGCGCAAACUCGGUCGUUCAAGAAACAGGAAACUGUAUCCGUAUUUAACUUCGAAUAAUUCGAGCGCAAAAUUCAAUAUUGAAUUUUCACGAUCUGGUACGUUGUACUAUUCGAUAAUUAAAUAUUUCUCCAUAAGUUCUUUUCUUGGCGUAAACUCAGCCAUUUAUAAAACGAGACUACAUGCAUCUUUCACUAAAAUUCACCGUAGAUUGAAUUUAAUGAUCUAAUUAUUAUGUAUCGAUCGAUAGCUGAACCAUUUCGAAAUCAUUUAAAGAACAAACUCCACCAUUUCACGAACAAACUAUGUGCAUAUUGAGAUACUUCGAGUGCAAAAUUUAAUGUCGGAUCUUUGGAAUCUAUUACCUUUUAUCAUCUGAUUUUUUUCCAAAUUUUCCGACAGAAAUGGAAAAAAAGCAACUUAAGAUCGUACAUGCCUGCGUACGCGCGUUACUAAUGUCGGAUUCAUGGAAAACUAUUCUAGUCUAAGGCGCUAAAGUUAUCGCGGAGAUUAAUUAGUUACUACAUAUUCGAAGUUACUUAUCGAAGAUGUUUAAGCUGUUCGAAGUUGUUGAGAAAUGUGCAGUAAAUUGACACUACCCAGUAUACCAGAAGUGAGGCUAACGUAAGAGCUUUUACGCUUUCGUAACCAAACGCGAACUGUAACUUCGCUGCGCAGAGAGUUUAGUAGGAAAUCGAGCGAAUAUUUUUUCUACGGGACUGCAAUUGUCGGUGACGGCCUAACGCCGUUCAAUUCCAGGAAACUGUUCAACCCUUCGAGUGCCCUUAACGCAUCGUAAGUUGAUUCCUCUUGUCUGUUAGGAUAAAAAGCGAAAAGUUGAAAAACGACGGCACGAUUGUAAAAAUAUUACGAUUUGAAAAUGUCUAGAACGAUCUUGAGAGGAAAUAGGAGCGUCGAGACUUUUAGCACGUUAAGUCGGCCAUUUCUUCGUUCGUCUAUCGUAAGUGGCGUUCGGAAUAAGCAGGCAAGAAGAAUCCAUGACAAUAUUUGAUAAGUGGCAUUAAAAGAAUGGAAGAAAUAUCUGCAAAAACCGGUGUCGUCAAGCUGGAGAAUCGAUACUAUGAAAAACGUGAAACUCGAACGUGUUAUCUAUUGUAAAAUAAAACAGAAGAUCGUUGUUGGAUCUUGCUCUAAGAUUCUAUGGUUUCACGGCACCUUACAACCCCUCUGCGGCCUUUCAGCGCCUCGAUAUGUUUCUCGAAUGUAAUUGGCGAGACACGAAAUGGUUUUGUCUCAAUAAUUUUCUUAUUAACUCGAGAGUAGAAUAAUGUAAGUAACGUGAUGGUUCGGAGAAGAAAAUUGACACGGUCUUGCCGUGACAUUUAAGAUCUUAAGAGCUUGAAAUGAUACUGUGUGUAGUAUCGGAAGAAAAUGAAAAUCCUUCGAAAUAAAUUUCCCAACGAAAAGGGUAGUACUGUAUUAAAGCGUCGCCUUCGAUUUACAUAUCAUUUAUAUUGAAUUUCAUUUAACGUCGGCAAAACUUGCUCAGCGAGUCAGCUCCAAGAGCUGCGAAGCUGUUGAACCGUAGAGGGUGAGCUCUCCGCUACCGUAUCGAUUGGAAAGACGAGCGAAUGAACGAAGAAAGAAAUUAGCAGGAAAUCGAGCCCGUGGCAUAUCGCGUGGAGUGAUAACUCUCACGUAGGACCAGAGACUGUGCGUCGAUGUGUACAUAGAAUGCGUUCAAUUAGUUUUAUUCGUCAUUGUUAAAAAGAAGAAAGGUAAAUAGAUGACGUUUCAUUCCGAACUACCGCGUGCUUUUAUCAAAAAUUUCGCCCCGAAUUGAUGAGAAUGGAGGGAGGAUCGCGAGAGCCGCUUUUUAACAGAGACGUAGAUAUUCUCGAAAAUGGAGCACGAUCGAUGAGUGCUUGUUUGAAAUUUAGGCAAAGUCCAUACGAAUUUGAAAUUCGGUCUUAUACUAGUUCGAAUUAUUUAUCGAUUCUUCGUGAAUCGUCGUCCAUCAACUGUCCUCGACCGCGUCGUCGGCUUGUUUUUCCGCACGGAACACGGCCGUAAAUGCUGUAAAUAUCACGGAUUCACUGUCUCACGGUUUGAUCGAACGUCCCCUGAUCGUCGCGUGUUACAUUUCGAAUUCAAACGAUUCAUCAAUCGCACGAAAAGAAAAAGAAAAAGGGGGAGAAAUUAGAAAAUAGAAGAACAGAGAAUAUGUCGAAUGAAUCGAAUUAAAUUUCUACGCUCCGAAACUAGUCGUUCGAAUUCUAUUAAUGAGUUAACGAAAUACGUACAGUGCGUAUGGCUGCGAUAUUUGAGACAUCGUGUAGAAACGUGUUCUUGUUGUUCUUGUUCGACUACUCGCCUGUCGGGUAAUGUUUUAUUCAGAAAAAGAAAACAGACUCGUGGACAAGAGAAACGCGGAAACAUCGUUCGAAUGAAAGAUUGAAACGCGCAGAAAGAUGAAACGCAGUAUGAAUCCCAAGUAAAGGAGCUAGUGCAACCGGAAGAGAAGUAUAGAUACGCACACACGCAUACACAGUUGUACGCACACGACAGAGAGGAAUAGAAGGGAUGUCGUAAGGGUACGCUGAUAUAUCUCCUCGAAUUUUCAGAAUUCAUGGAAAUUCAUGUACCUUUAUAGGAUCCUCUGUAUCUACCCGUACGUAGGAUGAUAUCGAUUUAAGGAAAAUGAGAGAAUAAAUGUCGUACGUUGUAUA